AUGCCUUCUGCUCUGCCUGCCCUGCUCUGCCUAGGGCUGUAUCUGAGCCAGAGGAUCAGCGGCCAGACACAGACUCUCUGGAAACCCGUCAUCUGGGCCCAGCCCAAUUUCAUGGUUCCGAAGGGAAGGCCGGUGACCAUCUGGUGCCAGGGUGCUCGCAGCGCCAUUGAGUACCAGCUGUAUUUCGAGGGACGCCUUUUGGCCUUAGAGAGACAGAAAUCACCUGGAGUGAUGAGCAGGAAGUUCUCCCUCUCGGCCAUGACCCCCUUCACUGUGUGGCAGUACAGCUGCUUGUACCAAAGUGGGGAGCUGUGGUCCGAGACUAGUGACCCCCUGGAUCUGGUGGUAACAGAAAUGUAUGACACCCCCACGCUCUCAGUCCAUCCCGGGCCGCAGGUGGUCUCAGGAAAGAAUGUGACCUUCUACUGCCAUCUAGAGACUGCGACCAGCACCUUCUUCCUGCUCAAGGAGGGCCGACCUGGCCGCCCGCAGCGCAGACAUGGGAGCAGCCAGGUGGCGUUCCUCCUGGGCCCCGUGAGCACGGCCCACAGAGGAACGUACAGGUGCUUCGGUUCCUACAACAACCAUGCCUGGUCUUUCCCCAGUGAGCCUAUGAGGCUCCUGGUCACAGGAGAUGUUGAGGACAGCAGCCUUGCUCCCACAGAGCUCACCUCUUCCGACUCGGGGGACCCGCCCUUGCUAACCACGGAGGCAGGAUUCCAGCAAGACCUUGCCCUCUGGAAUCACAUGGCCCAGAAUCUCCUGCGGAUUGGCCUGGAUUUCCUGGUUCUGAUGGCCCUCCGGGGCCUCCUGGCUGAAGAGUGGCUUUGCAGGAAGAGGGCUAGAGAGCAAGCCAACACCGCUUCCAGCUGGGAAGGCAGGAGAAGGUUCAAAACACGAACACUCCUGAACAAAAACUGCCGUGGGUCCGGCCUGACCACGACGUGGCGUCAGAUGCCAGAAGGCAUACGGAAAUCAGAGCUGUGGCAGACGGCCACAAUGCUUUCUCUUGAGAGCUUGUCUGCGGCCCAGGGAGCUCAGGCACAGUGGGGCGAGACUUUCAAAACUCCUGAGGUCCCCUCUGCUGGGCCAGGAAAUCUCCCCCAACCUCAAAUCACAGCUUGGCCUGGGUCCAUGAUUCCAGUUAGGCGUCCUGUGACCAUCCGGUGCCACACGGAUGCAGAUGUGGAAAUGUUCAGGAUUUCUCAAGAAGGAUGGCCUGAGCCCUCGGAUGGACUGAAAGCACAGGAGUCCGGGGAGGUCAGUCUCACAGAGAUCACAUCAGACCGCUCAGGGCCAUACCGCUGUUCCUACAAGAGCCGUGGCCGCUGGUCCAGGCUCAGCGAGCCUCUGAAGCUGGUGAUGACCGGGGCUUUCGACAAGCCCACCCUCUCGUGUGCUCCUGGCACUGUGGUGCCUUCAGGAGACGACAUGGAGCUGCGGUGUUUCUCCAAAACCACGUUUGAAAUAUUUAUUCUCACCAAAGAAGGCAUUCCCACCACCCAGAACAGAAGUUCCAGCCCCAAGGGCUCCGAAAGCCAGGCCAUCUUCCUCCUGAACCGCAGCUCCUCCGCAUAUAGGGGGACCUACAGAUGCUACGGCGCCUUCCACAACCACCCCUACGUGUGGUCUCACCCAAGUGACCCGUUCCAGCUUGUGGUGAAAGAAGCUCCUGACCGUCCCAAUCCCACAAGACCAGGUUGGUCCACGGCCCUGCCGUCCAACCACACCUCCCAGGAGAGACACCAGAACCUUCUGCCAUCCCAGGGGCCACCGUGCUUCUCGUGGUCCUCCUCCUCGUCUUUCUCUUCCUCCUCCGCCAGCGUAAAGCCAAGAACAGCAAAUGCUGCCCGGAGAGAGAGACAGCCAGAGGCAGCCGCCCCGCUGGGCGGGCAGGCCUCUGAAGCUGCAGGCUCGCAGGACAUCACCUACUCCCAGCUGACCCGCAGCACCCCCAUCCGGGGGAUGGCUGAGACGCCCUCCGCGGUGCCCAGGGAGACCCAGCCCAGCGAGUAUGCAACCCUCGCCCUCAGAUGAGUCAUGCACCGCAGCCCAGCGUCUCAUCUGCCCAGCAGGACUUCCAGCUGCCUGUGGGGAGGCCCCCCUCUGCAGCUGCUGUCCCUGAAGUUGAGGUUGAGGGGCCCUGUGUCACUCAGAAGGCCCCACUGCCCCCUGAAUCUAGAGACCUCAACAUUUUCACUCAGUCAGCUCCAGAACCAUGACCAUAAAGUGCCCAGCGAUGCCUGAGACCUCCAAAGUUAUCGGGAGAAUGACAGGGUCACACGGCAAAGGUUUCAUUAUUUGUUGAUUAAACAAAUAUACUUUAAAUCCU